AUCUUUAUUACGUCUGAAAUGGACAUGUUUUUUCUCAAUAACAUUAUAGUUCUGUAAUCUGCGUACAUAAAAACUUUUUCUAAAGUGUAUAGACAGUGAUCCAAAUCAAUUUUAAAUUAAAUCCAAGAGCGCGGCAUUUCCGAUGAGAAAGCAUUAAAUAUAAGUAUUCAUAUAAAAGCAUAUAGCUGACUAUAUGUCGGCUUGAUUAUGUUUACAAUAUAAAAUUGUGCAGCUUAUCAGCUAAAAGUGAUCUGUGUAUUCUCACGAGCCACGGUCAAGCGAUAAGCUUCUUGCUUUGAUGUGUCAGCAUCAUAAAAAACAAAACAAAACAAUUCGCGAUAGUACGCCGCGCUCAAAAAAAUCAAUGAGAGCGGUAGAAAUCGCUUAUCAGUGGCUCAACAAUGUGUUAGAGCGCUUUAAUUCGUUUUUUUUUUCCAAAAAGCGCAAAGUGAAUUCAGUGUGAAAGUGUACGCAAAACUAAGUAGUUCCAUUAAAAUGCGAAAUAUUUGUUGGCGCGUGUUGUUUACCCAUAUGCUGUUAACCUUGCUCUUGCUGGGGUAUAUAAAUUGUGACGUCAAUAGCGCGACCGCUACGACAACGGAGGAACGCACCUCAACGUACGCGAAUGUGGAUCAUAGCGAUGCAACAACAGCACCCACAAGCGCGCACUGCAGCGGUAAGAGUACGCCGUCUGCCUGUGCUGCAGAUUAUUGGCCCCGUCAACUGGACACCAUGUACAGUUAUGUCGACGAAGUGAUGUGGCCUUGCGACGAUUUCUAUGAGUAUGCUUGCGGUAAUUGGCGUGCGCCAUAUCAAUUGCGCGCGCGCGGUGCACACGAUACACUGAGCGCCGUCAAAGCAGAUAACAAACAACAAUUAAUGGCUUAUCUAUUAGAAAAGCAAGAGACGCUUGAUAAAGGCACGCGCACAACGUUGCAGCGCAGUGAAAUGGUGGCUGUUCGUUUCUUUAAUGCAUGUGUCGAGCGCGUAACAGGCGAGGAUAGCUUCACCGGACGCUCGCAUUUGAAUGUAGAAACAGCCACGUUACGCACAUACACCGAGGAGCUGUGUCGCAUAAGUGACUGGCCAGUGCUAAACCACAAUUGGGAGGCGAUUGACGCGAACGACACUCUAAACUGGGGUAUAUAUUUGAGCGCGGAGUUGCGCCGCUAUGGCGUGCAAACCCUGUGGCGUUUAUUAGUCACCAGCAAUUGGCAACAAGCAGAGCAGCAGAUCUUCUACAUUUCGGCGCCGGCGUUCGAUUUGCUCAAACCGACGCGCAACGCGGCACAAUAUGACAGCGACUCGGAGUAUAUAUACAAACGGUAUGUGAAAUAUUUGAUGCUGGAUUUGGGCAUGCGCGUACGACGCGCACUAACAAUUGCCAGCGAGGUUGUAGAGUUUGAGAAACAGCUAUUUGAGCUGGUGACCAGCGAGAGCUCAGUGUUGCUGCGCGAGCCACAAAAUUUGGCGUCGUUGGCGGCAGAACUGCCUGAAUUGAAUUUGCGCGAAUAUUUUGCGGUGGUUAUGCGUGAUAUAACCGUUGAAUUGCCCUACGAUUACGCGGAACGUCUGCUGAUUGUGGCAGAUAUACCGUAUCUACGCAAGCUGCGCGAUUUUUUGAAACGCACUAAACCGGAACUACUUGCUAAAUAUCUGCUGGUUCAAUUUUUAGCACACUUCGAGGUGCGCCUACACGAUGAGGAGAGUUACCAAGAGCAGCGCGAUUACUGCUUACAACAACUGCACGCAUUUCUGCCAGCGGAACUAACGGAAAUUUUCAUGCGUUUGCAGUACGGUGACACAAGUGAUGCAGCUAGUUAUAUGGCGCAUACGCAGAGCGCUUUGAACGACAUUUUCACAGAGUUGAAAAUGCAAUUUGAACGCUCGCUUAACGCCACGAAUGUAUUUGAACGCGACGCGCUCACCAAAUCACUAGGUAUGGAGAAGCUGCACGCGAUGCGUCUGCUGCUGCCACAAGCGGCAAACGCCAGCAAAGCUCAUUUGCCUACCACUAUCGAGCUGAGCGACAACCACGAUGCCAAUUUGCUGAAAUUGUGGCGUUGGCGCACGCAUAAUCAACUGCACGAAGUACUAGAAUCGCUGUUGACAGGACGCAGCGCGCCGCCUACCUACAACAACUACGGACCACUGGAUGUGAAUGCCUACUAUCGGUUGAAGAAGAACGCUAUCGAACUGCCAAUAGGUAUAUUGCGCGCGCCCUUCUACCACAGUUGCCUGGAUCCAGCGAAAAUAUACGGCAGCUUCGUCUACAUCAUUGCACACGAGUUGAUGCAUGGAUUCGAUUAUGAUGGCCUUAAUUAUGAUCAGGCAGGGAAUAUGGCGGGUAACUGGGGCGCUAAAGCCAUAAUACGAUUUGGCACUAAAUCACGUUGCUAUCUGAGCGAGCGUUACGACGAAGGAGAGGUGACGUUGAAUGAGAAUAUCGCCGAUACGGAGGGACUGCGCCUCGCUCUGGAGACCUACAGACGUACUGCAGGCAAAAAUAGCACCUUAACGACGGAACAGCUUAAGCUCUUUUUCCUGAGCUUCGCGCAAACGUGGUGCGGCACGACUGCAUCGCGCACCAAUAAUUUGCAUGAUAUGCAUAGCGUGCGUGUCAAUAAUGUGGUGAGCAAUUUCGAGGACUUCACGUCAGCAUACGGUUGUGGUAAGCAGAGCCCCAUGAAUCCGCCCUACAAAUGCGGCAUAUGGACCGAGUAGUAGCGGGAUGUGAGACAAGCAACCUAUAUAUUAAGUGUAUAGUUACUGUAUUGAAUUGUAUAUACCGUUAUUUGUAAAUUUCAAUAAAGCUGCGCAUGGAACAUUUGCAACAGAA